AUGGGAGAUACGCAAGGUUUGACAGUUGGUUUGGCUGUUGGAAUACCAUCGGUAGUAAUCAUCGGGGUAAUAGCCAUAUUCUGGAUCAGAAAUCAACGAAAACAAUUAAGAGAAGAUUUGGAUCGUACUGAUAUAGACAUAGAAUUACAAGAUGAUCAAUCAUUUACUCAAUUCCAUGAAGCUUUGCAUCGACAUAAACAAUAUGAUGGUAGUGCUGACAAAGUUGAAAAUUCAAGUACAUAUCUACAAUUCGAAAGGGUGCUCGGCACAGACUCAUCUAAUGGAUCAUCUUCAAGUGAUCAACAACAACCAUUACAACCACCUCCACACCAAGCACACAUACCCUCAUCAAAGUUAAAUAAUCACUCACCGCCACCAGCAAGACAACCCUCGGUAUAUGAUUUCUAUGAAACAUUUAUUCCGGUGCUCCCACAAUCCGCAAACCAGCCAACAUCAGGCCAACCAUCUGCUCGUGCCUCAACUGCAGAUCUCACUAAUUUUACAGAAAUAUCAAAUAACAAUGACACGACCUCAAUGCUUCUGUACUUGUUACCAAGUCCUCCACCACAAGCAACAGUAAUGGCCCCGGUAACUUCCGGAUCAGGAGUAGACUCUGGAUCUGUAAGUACUACUGGAAAUGGAGGGGAUUUGGAUAUGUUGGCGAAACAAUUACAUGGUCCACAAUUUUUUGAAAAAUUACCAAGUAAAGCAACUAAAGUACAAUUGAAAUCAAGAUACUCAAAUUAUAAUAAUUCUAGUAGCGAGUUGAUUAAUAAUUAUUUGAUUAGUCAGACUACUGCAAUUAAUGAUCAUUUCACUUAUCAAGCUCCACCUGUUGAUGAUGUGAAUAAUAUUGAAUCAACGAAGGUACGAGGUGAGAAAGAGAAUGACAUACAUGCGCGGGAGAUAUAA